AUGAUUGUCUUUUUCAUGACUUCCGCUACUUGUUCUAAGGCAUUCAAACGACUGGCUCCCUCUUUCAAGGCAGUCGCCCUCAAGACAGCUGCAGUAGAAGCUCUGCGGCGACCUGCUACUCAGUACCACCAGCCUUUUGACUCCUCACAGUCCAAAUGGUCUUCCGCAGCUGGUUAUGGCCCAUCAAGAGACAUGCAUGACUUGUGGGAUGAGGGCAUCCAUCAGCAGGAAGACGUUGCUUCUGUCGUCCGUGAUCAGCAAGACGCCCUAGUCUCAUCGGACGAACUUCCUUCCUUUUCAGAGAGUGCGAGAUCAAGACUUGAUGUCCCAUCCUCAGACGAUGGUCUGGAGGAUCCUGACCUGUAG